CUUAUUGCAGACCAAAGAGCGCAGCGUUUCCACAUUUCACUUUCUUCGCUCGCCUAGUCGCCUACUCCAAUCCCUCAGAAGUCACAAAGAGUGAAAGAAAGAGAGAUGAGGAUGGAGGAGGAGACUCACAUUCUGGAGAUUCACUUGAUCUCUGCUCAAGGUCUGAAGGCGCCAAGCGCUAACCUCCGCCGAAUGCAAACAUACGCUCUCGCCUGGGUCGACUCCUCCGCCAAGCUCAGAACAGGGGUGGACCGAUUUGGCGGAGAAAACCCCACCUGGAACGACAAAUUCCUCUUCCGAAUCUCACCGGACUUCAUCUCAAGUGAAACCUCCGGCGUCACCUUCGAGCUCUACGCCGUCGCCUGCAUCAAGGAUGUUCUCGUCGGCUCCGUCCGUUUCCUACUCAGCAGCUGCCCCACUGCAGUCAAGGCAUCCGCCGAAACUCCGGCCUUCAUAGCCGCCCAGAUACAACGCCCUUCUGGAAGAUUCCACGGCGUCCUCAACAUCGGCGCCGCUGUCUACAAAGCUACCAAGUUGGAUCGUGCAAUGAUGAACGGAGUGUCCGCAACUUCUUUCCGCGACAUGAUGGAAAAGAAGGAAAACCUCCUCCGCCGUCACCGACGCCUGAGCGACAUCGGAUCCAAGCGAAGCAUCCAUAUCCAUAGAUCAUCCAGUUCUUCUUCUUCUUCUUCAUCUUCCAAUUCCUCCAUCAUUAGCUCCUCAGCGGCAGUGGACAAAGAUGAGGGAAAGAAAGAGGUGGGAUCAGACGGUGGGGGAGGAGGCUUGCUGUGUGGACUAGUGAUGCAGAGAAGAUUCAGUUUCUGUCCAUUGGAUCAGAACAUGAUGCGGAUUGCGGAAUGGGCCGAGUCUCUGGAGAAGAAGAAGAAGAAGAAGAAUCAUCAGCAAUGAGCUAUAUCGGCCCAAUUUCAGUUCACUGUAAAUUUGCCAUAGCCCAAUGGCCCAAAUUGCUAACUGAGCGGAUUAUAGCAUGCAG